UUAAAAAAAAAAGUGACAUCUGUCAUUGAUUUUCCAAAAACCGUCAUUCUCGUUGUUUCUGUUUUCCGAAUCAACAUUACAAAAUUCUGCGAUGUUUGUUACACUUGUAAUAUGUCAAUCCACAGUUUAGCAGCGAUUAAAAAUACCGUACUAAAAAAUCACGGUCAAUUAACGUCGAUUUUGAGGCGAGAAUUUUCAAGAAAAAGCGUUAACGCAGAGGGGCCCUUUAAAGUUGUCAAUAAAUCUAGGAAAUCUCAAGAUAACACGCAUUUAGCAUGGAGGGACCCUAAUUUUGAAUUAUUAGCCUCAGCGAGUUUCCCGUUUUUUAUGCCUGGGAAUGUAGGCCCCGCUUGGUAUGAUCUGUACACGACGAUUAAUAACGAAGGAUCGUUUUUAAUGGAAGAAAUUGAGGAUGAAUCUGACGCUGGUAUUAUUUGUAGAGCACAGGAAUGUCCGAAAGUGUUACGACAAACUGUUUGUGAACUUUUCCCACAUAGAAAUUUAGAAAAUUCUGAAUUAUCCGUUAUUACUAUAUCUUUAAAACCAGAUUUGACGAUUGUUAAGAAAAAUAACGAAUUGGAAACUGAGAAAUUAGCGCAAACGUUUGUUUUAGCAGCUAAAAAUGUUUGUCAUAAAUUACGCAAAGCUGGAUUUUGGGCAGACUUUGUAAACCCAUUUUCUGGGCGUCCUUAUUUCGCUUCAGGUUCAAAUGAACUUUAUCAAACUGACGAGAAAUUCCGGUGCUUAGGAUUUCAAAUAUACGAAAUAGAAAAUUGUAAAAUAGUAUCUAAUGAACAAAAUAAUACUGGGAAAGCAUUUGUUGGAAGUUUAUUUACAAGUGCUCCCUCAAAAAAGAAGCAAUUAAAUAGCAUUUUUACUCAAUUAUAAUUAAAGGAAAUAUACAAACAAAAUAAAAAGACAAGAAGAACAAGUUGAGGAAAUCUGUUAUGUUGAAUAGUCUUCCAUUUUGCGUUUUAUUUUGUUAAAUAGAUGUUAAAUUAAAAUCAUUGAAGUGAGA